UUUAAAUUUAUAAGCACAUAUUUAACAUCACAUGUACGUAUUUAUGUAAAUUGUUAUAUGCAUGAAUAUGUUCAUGUUCAAUGACAAGUUUUUGCAGCGCUGAGCAUAGGUUUUGUAAACGUAUACUGUAUACCGUUUACAUACACCUCUGUUGCAAAUUAAAAAAACAAUUCGCUCAAACGCUUUUUUAAAAAACAGACCUUUCUUAAACCAAACCUUUUUUGUUACUUUUAGAACAUGGAUUAAAUAAAAACUUGUUGUUAGGAAGUUAUUUAUUACACCCUAUCAGUAAUUGUAUAAUAUAUCGUUUGCCCUUUCUCCAUUUUUUAGAAGCUGUCAAACCAUUGUCAAACUUUCUUAUUCUGGUAGACAACUGGAUUGAUUUAAACGAUUUUGUAAAAUAAUAUACUACUCGUAUAACAGAGAAAAAAUGUGAACGCACUAGGAAAUCAUGAAUUCGACCUAAAACCCGAGACAUUGGCGAUGUUUGUCGAUAAAACAAAUGCGCCAUUUGUAGCUGCCAAUCUAAAUUUCACAAAAGAACCCUCGCUGUCAAAAGUAAAGAAAUCCGUCGUAUUAGAAGUGGAAGGGUACGAAGUAGGCGUUGUAGGAUAUCUAACCCCCGAAACUACCAAAAUAUCUUCACCGGGAAAAGUAGUAUUUCUCGACGAAGUCCGAGAGGUCAGAAGAGAAGCCAGGAGACUAAUUGAUGAUGGUGUAGAAAUCAUUAUAGCUCUCGGACAUUCUGGUUACAAAGUAGACAAAAAAAUCGCCAGAGAAGUAAAGGAAGUUGAUAUAGUCAUCGGAGGCCACACAAACACCUUUCUAUGGAACGGGAAAGAGCCGGAUUUGGAAAUUAAAGAAGACGUUUAUCCUAAAUGGAUAACUCAAACUUCGGGUAAAAAAGUGCCGGUAGUCCAAGCCUAUGCUUAUACCAAGUACUUAGGUGUGCUAAAUGUCACUUUUGACCCUGACGGCAAUCUAAAACACGCUUCCGGACAACCGAUAUUCCUGCGUAACGGUAUAGCUCAGCAAGGAGAUGUUUUGGGAUUACUUGAAGUUUAUAGACCUGCUGUAGUCAAAUUAAAUCAAGAAACAGUAGGUGUUUCAAAAGUUGUAUUGGAUGGAAAUUCUGAUGUACGCCAUAAAGAGUGCAACUUUGGGAAUUUUAUAACUGAUGUUCACGUAGCUUACGUCACGUCAGUAUCGUAUCAAACAUGGACCAGUGCUCCCAUAGGAAUCUACAACUCAGGUGGUAUCAGAAGCACCAUCACACCAGCCGAUAACCUGUCCGUUUCCCGCGGUGAUCUACUCGGAGCUCUACCAUUCGGUAACCAAGUUGUAACACUAACUUUAAGCGGUUCCAAUUUACUGUACGCUUUCGAACAAAUGGUUAGGUCGGAAGGAGAAACCUCCAAAGGAGAAUUUCCACAAGUUUCCGGAAUUCGUCUGCAAGUGGAUAUGUCCAAACCACCUUACUUCAGAGUUCGGAGUGUUAGAGUUAGGUGUGGCCGUUGCAAAAUUCCUGUCUAUGAGACAUUAAACGAAUCUCAGUAUUAUACAGUAGUUACGUCUAGUUUUCUGUCUAACGGCGGAGAUGGAAUUACAAUUUUCAGAGAUCACGCCAUAAAGAAAACCACCCAGGACUUGCCAGAUUUGGAAAUGAUGGUUUGGUAUAUAAAGAAAUACAGUCCAUUGUUUCCCGAAGUUCACGGGAGAAUAGAAAUUCUCAAAAACUCGGGCGUAAGAAGACCAAACAAUUGGACGACGAUGUUAUUGGGGAUAGCAACAUUACAAAUUCUAUGGAGGUGUAUAUAAUAUCUAAAACCGAUUAAAGCAUUUUUUCCUAAAA